UCCUUACAUUCCUUUACUGAUCUACCUUUAAAGAGUUCUUUUAUUUGCUUAUUUACUUGUUUAUUUUUUGUACUGAGAUUUAAAGGAAAAUCCAAGAAAGAUGAUGAUAAAAACCCAUGCUGUCAGCCCUUUAGCCUUCCACAGUAUGUUUGCAACUUAUGUCCAUGAGAAUAGUUCUUCCUGUUUAAAAUAGAGUGUUUUCUAAAUUAGACUCUUUAUAGUCAUCUCACAUAUUUUUAAAGAAAAUACUUUCUCCACUAGGUGAAUUGAUCAAUGUUUCACAUUAUGAGAUAAUACUUCUGUAGCCAACAGGUUUAAAUUAUUCUUAUUUUCUAAUUUGGUUUUAGAUGGAGUACAUUUUUCAGUCUCCUUCACAUUUCAUAGUUGCUAUUGCGUGUGACUCCAUGUCAACCAAUAUCAUAGCUGGUGUUUUUACAAUAACUGUGUCUUGUCUUCUAAUUUUCUGGCCAGACUGAAGAAGUCACAUCUUUCUGGAAGAGUUAUCUGUCCCCAAAUGAUGCUCUCUUCCCAGUCCUUAUCCAAUACCUCCUUCUUCCAGCCACCUGCUUUCCUGUUGAUGGGCAUCCCAGGGAUGGAGGCCGUCCAUGGCUGGAUCUCCAUCCCCUUCUCCUCCAUGUACACCGUGGCCCUCACUGGAAACGGCCUGAUCCUCUUGGCCGUCAGGAGGACCCCCAGCCUGCACCAGCCCAUGUACUACUUCCUGUCCAUGCUGGCCCUCACCGAUGUGGGCCUCACCUUGUCCACCAUGCCCACCACCCUGGCUGUGCUCUGGUUCGACCACCGGCUCAUCGGCUUCAAUGCCUGCCUGGUGCAGAUGUUCUUCCUCCACUCCUUCUCUGUGGUGGAGUCCUCGGUGCUCCUGGCCAUGUCGUUUGACCGCGUUGUGGCCAUCUCCAACCCCCUGCGCUAUGCAGCUGUCCUCACAGACAACGUCAUCAUCAGGAUUGGGCUGGCCAUUGUGGCUCGAGCCACUGUGUCCCUCUUCCCAGUGCCCUUCUUACUGAAGCGAUUGAACUUUUGCCCUGGCAAGAUCCUCCUGUCCCACUCGUUCUGUUUCCAUGCAGAUGUCAUGAAACGGGCCUGUGCUGACAUUACGGUCAACAUCCUUUAUGGGCUCUAUGUAGUUCUGUCCACGGUGGGUGUAGACUCCUUGCUUAUCAUGCUGUCCUACACGCUCAUCCUGCACACGGUCAUGGGGCUGGCCUCUCCCAGGGAGCGCACCCGGGCCCUCAACACCUGUGUCUCUCAUAUCCUGGCUGUUCUGGUCUUCUACAUCCCAGUCAUAGGUGUGUCCAUGAUCCACCGUUUUGGGAGGCACCUGCCCCAUGUGGUACAUGUUCUCGUUGCCUACAUGUACCUGGUGGUGCCCCCUGUGCUCAACCCCAUCAUCUACAGUGUCAAAUCCAAGCCCAUCAGGGAAGCCAUGCUCAGGGUGCUCAGGGAGAAGAGGCAAGGCUGAUGAAACCGAGAAACAACCUCAGAAUCUGAGAAAACAAAGACAAAUAUGCAACUCUGAUACCCAGAAAGCCCUUAUUCUGAGCCCUGACUCAAAUACGUUAUCAAGAGAAUGACAAGCAAAUGCAUAUCUCAGACUUAUGGCUGAAAAACAGUCCUGAUUCUUUCCUACACGCAUUAACCUCAGCUUUUUUACUUAGUAUUUACUUGUGGAAGAAUCUGUGGUCAUUAGAGGAGAUGAUAUUAAAACGAACCAUAUGUAGUGUCUUCCCCCCGCUGGAGGAUAGAAGCUUCUAAACAAACAGGUGUUUUCAAGUGUAAGGAGGCUGUGAGAGGCUCACAGAAGAGCUGUGGGAACCAGGAAGAGGGCCUGCUGCCUUGUCAGGAGGAAAUGAGAAAGGACUCAGCUAAGGAGGAGACGGAAAGUGAGAAGGAUUUUUGUCAGGUAGGAAAGCUAGGCAAGGUGAAGGCACAUCAAAUAAGUAGGAAAUAAUUUUUAAAAUGAAAAAAACUGAGAUGUAGAAUUUUGUGGUUGCUUGUGGAAAAGCGAAUAGUCAAGAAGGCUCUGUACAAUGUGUGUGUGUGUGUGUCAGAGGGAGAACAACAGGAGAUGAGCUUGAAAUGAUGGGUGGUGGUAAGACUUCUCCAGGCCUUUCAGAUCUUCCUGAAACAUUUUGCCUUCAUUCCUUGUUUAGAAGUCAGCCCUGGAAAGAGGUUGCAAAGGCUUAACUGUGUAUUACAAAUUAGAAGGUGAAAAUAGAGGGAAAAAGCAUGCAAAGAAAGCGUUUAGGAGGUUGCUGUAACAGUCAAGAAAAGAGAGAAUGAGAGCUAAAACUUAAGCCAGUAAUGGAAAAAAGUAGAUUUUUUUUUUAAUUUCAUCUCUACAUUUCUCUUCUUUGUCUUCUGAAAGUACCUGGAAGCAAUGAUCCCAGUGGCAGUGAGCAAAGCUAGCAUCUAUUUUUUGGCUUCUCAAUACUAUUCACCACUACCAACAACCUAGGAUUCUUGUUGCAAUGGAUAAUUGCUAAUUUUAUGUAUCCAGGUGUGAAGUAGGAAAACGUGACAAUAUGGAAUGGUUUAAAGCAAUAAAGAACAUAAAAACAAUAGAACCACGUUUUAACAAAUAUAUACAGAAACUCAUUUGGAGAAGCUACUAGGGACCAAAUGUGAGUCAAUUAGAACAUUAAAAAUAAGUUUGCCAGCAAUCCAUUACAGCAGAUGGAAUUCUUUAAGAAAGAGUGAGUCCCUAGUGAUAUUCAAAAUGAAGAGAGAGGGAAAAAAAGAAAACAUUUUUAUAGAAGAGUGCCAUAUAAUAAAUGCAAACAUAUUGAUACAUUUGAUAGAUUUAGAAGAUUACCUCUUUUUCAGUUUUUAAUGUAACUUUAAAAUAACCAACAAAUGCAUAGAGAGUGGUGGGGAGCAACAUUCAUACAGUCUCAAAGUACGUUGCACAGCUGCUUCCGAAUCGAAAAGGAUGAACAUGUCUUAGCAAGAAAGAGAUUGGCAAUAGUACCAUAAGCAAGGGAUCGAAUUUAGCUUAACCAACACAGAGGUAAUCUGAUUUUAUAUACCUUCUGAUAUGAAUAGUUAGGAUACAAAAUCAUACAUGUAAAAUUCCUACCAAAAAUGUUCAAGUUAAAUUAACCAUGAGGAAAUAACCAGGAAAGCCCUGAUAUAGGAAGCAGCACACAC